AUGAGCGACUACUAUGCGUUGUUGGGAGUGAGCCGGACGACGACGAGCGAUGAACUCACGAAGGCCUACCGCCGGAUCUCGCUCAAAGCGCAUCCGGACAAAGGAGGCUCCGAGGAGAAGUGGAACGCCAUCCACACAGCCUACACCGUGCUGAACGACCCACAGACGCGAAGCCUUUACGAGCGCUACGGCCGCACACUCCAGCCGAGCGUGGGCAACAGCCUGGAGAUUGGGACGGAGCUCAUCCUGCCGCUGGGCGUGGGAUGCGCGUUCGGCUUCCUGCUGGCGUUCCUAAACCUAGCGAUCGGGUCGACGAGUAGCCUCUUCCUUGCUGCGUUUUUCAUCUUCUUGGGCGCUACGCGAUUGCCCAACAGCAACAACAGCAUGACAAAGACAACUCGUUGGCUGGGCUUGUGGUUGGAGGACUGCUCGGUAUGCUCAUCAUCGGUUUCUUCUCCUUCUUCUUCUCUCUCCUGUUUGGGUGGUAGCCUGCACACAUACAAUAACUCUUCGCUGGAGCGUGGCACGUGUUUCACCAAACGCUUGGGGUUGGGGUGGUGCUCUGGUACGCCUCGUUCUUGGUCGCCCGCUUCGCGAGGCUUGCGCUCUUGA